AAAGAGUGUUUAUUGCAACGAAAGUAGGACAAGAUACGCAGUCAUAUUAUAUACAUGUAUAUCACCUGACAGCGGUUACUAAGAUUGCAUUUCAAUGUUUAAGCUAACAACCAAAGAAGUUAUCAAUAGUGACAAACAUGGCUUCUAAUAUGGAGGGUUCAAUCCAUAGAGGAUGUGACUUUAUUUUUGACUUAAAUUGUUUCACCUGUCAGGAAACUGACCGAAACACAGAGGCUGAAUUUUACUGUGAUAAAUGUUCUAAAUUGUACUGUAGCAAAUGUGUGGAGCAUCAUAACUAUCUUUACAAGAAGCAUGCAAUUUUUGGCAAGGAAAACAUCAGCCUAUGGCCUGAGAGUGAUGUGGUUGAACAAGAGAAAUGUAAGGAGCACACAAAAGAAAAACUGACCAUAUUCUGUGAGGAACACAGUGUGCUGAUAUGUCAUGUCUGCCAUUUCCACAAUCAUCGGAAAUGCAAUCAUUUGGUACUAAUAUCUGACAAGGUGAAACAGCUGCAUCAAAAAGGAGACUUUAAGCAGUUGUCAGCAACUAUUUAUACACAACACCAGCAAUUGAUACAUGAAAAAGACGACUUAGAGGAGAAUAUUAAGUCUCUUGAGAAAUCAUACAAGGCGAUACUGGAAGAAAUCAAUGCUUUACGAAAGACAAUUAAUGAUUCUUUGGAUCAACUGGAGAAAUAUACCAAGAAGGAGUUAGACACAUUUCUGGUCACAAUAAGAACAUCAAUUCAAACUGACAUUGAAAACUGCACUAAGUCCAUCAAAAAUAUUACAUGCUUGCAUGAAGAUUUACUGAAAACAAAAGACAAAAGUGAAGCACUUAGUUUUAUCAAGUACAAAAAAUGUAUUGACCAGUCCCUUAAGGUAGAAUCAGUUUUACAAGAUAUGACAACAAAGACUGAAAUGACACUUACCUUUAAACCUGAUAAAGCCAUCCAACAAACCCUGUCCACUCUCUCAGGAUUGGGACAAAUACUGAGCACAGUGGAACAAUCACAACCUGCUAAAAGGACAACACCAAACAUGGAUAGCAGACAGAAUAAACCUAUAGAAACCAGCCAGUCUGACCCUGGAACCCAAACAACUUCAGGAUUCAAGGUAAACAAAUUCUACCCAGAAUCCAGAACAUCUAGAAGUUAUAGCCCUGGAAACCAAACAAGUGAUCUGACCAAGUCACACCUAGUAUUUUAUCCCCUCAGCUGGUCCAGGGACAUCAACCAGGGGAAGUAAACAAAUCUGAUCAAAAGUCAAAAUGUUCAAAUGUCAUUAGCAAGAAACACACAACUAAUUAGUUAAAUCAAAACAAGGUUUGAAAGGGCUGUACAAAUCUUAGAGAACAGUCUAUUAAAAUGAUUUUGUUUUAGGAUUAUAUAGUUUACAUAUUGUAUAUAACUAUCUUAUGAUAUUGUUCAUGAUAUGCAUGCAAUUAAUAUUUUAAUGAACAUUGUCUGUCAGUGUGUCAAAUAUUUGUAUGUGAGUAUAAUAUUUAACAAUAAUUAUACUUGUCCAAAUGACACAUUAAGUAAACACAAAAUGAACCAGUUAUAAGAAGAUUUAAGCAUUUGAAAUUUAAGAAUAGCCUGAUCAAAAAGUCCAAAUCAACAUUGAAAUAAGCAGCUUACCAAAUUUUCACUUCAACCUAAGCCAGGACAGACUACUCACCAAACAUUGUCAAUCAAUUUUUAGUACAUCCAUGAGAUCAACAUAAUUGACAUUAAUCUACCUUAUACUUUGGGACAGGGCAGAAUGUCCUGAACUGACAAGGUCAACUUGUAUUUUCAAUGUCCAUCUUGAAAUGGUUCCCUUUCCCUGCAUGCACAGUUCAGUUUUAAGAAGUUGUUUCACAGUGAUGAAAACUUCCAACCUUAGAAGUUUCAUCUGCAUACCUCAAAUUAUGGUCACCAUAUUCCCUAUGUUUUAAUUUUUAGGAUAGGAACGCAGCUUUUUUUAUGCCAUCAGGUCAUGUUGGACGUCAUUUAUCAGAACAGAAUAUUAUGUUGUCAUCGUUUAGUAUUACAAAUGAGCAAAGUCUGGAAUGGUCUGUUGCUUGGCAGACUCUGUUUGUCAGAUAUUUCAAAAGUUGCCAUAAUUCAUAUUAUGUAAAUGUUAGUGGCCUAUCAGUGUCAAUCCACACUGUCACACUAUCCAAAUAUGGGAUGGUAGGCAGAUAUGAAGCCAGGAACAGACAAGAGUCUGGGGGGAGAGUGGAGUUGAGCGUAGACAUGUAAUGAUACAAGAAGUGUAAGUGAGUUAUUCAUUCAUUUAAUUGAUGUAUAUAUCUUUUAUCUUAGUGUGUAAAUAAAAUGUAGAGUCUA